AUGAAAACUAAAGCCGGCACCAUAAAUUUGCUGUUUGAUGUGCCCCCCUCUGAGAGGAAGUGCUACAAAAAAGUGGAGAAAAAAAAUGCACACAAAAAGAUGAAUGAGUGCUGUGAACUGAAGUUGAAAGUGAAGUUAAAGCCAAGUCUUAUGUUCACACCACAUCGCAAAGAAUUCAGUUGGGCUAGAGAAGUGAAAGAAGAAAGUUCGAAAUAUAGAAGAAAAAGGAAAUUGAGUUUAAAAAGUUUUGAAAACAAAAGCAAGGAUAAAGGAUCAAAUAUGUUUUUUCUAAUGAAACAUGAAGUUUUGUUUUAUUUGGCGGCCUGGCUGCUCUUCUUACCUAACGUGUGCUGUCUCUUUGACCAAUGCAAUCAUAAAGUCCACAUGAAAUCCGGUGAAAAGCUUUUCAUCAAUUCCCCCUAUUAUCCUGGCGAAUAUCCUAUUGGAACUUCAUGUCGUUAUGUGGUUAUUGCCCCAGAGGAUCAUACUUUGAAAUUUAAAUGCAAUCUCAAAUUGAAUACGCUGCCCCAUGCCACAAAAUGUCUCAAUGAAGUGUUUUACUUCAAUCGUGAUGGCAGUGAGGUACUAACCGGCUCCGAGUACUUUUGUGGCUAUGGUUUGGUGGAGAGAACAAGUUUUCUCAAUCGUGCAGUUUUUUCAUACAUUUCAACGCCUUCCAACAAAAGGGCUGUGGCAGAUGUCCUUGAAGAAACAGCAAAGGACGAAGAUACAACAGAAGAAAUAACAACGACAACAAGCACCAGCACCAGCACCAGUACUACCACAACAACUACUACUACCCCAGCCCCCUACCUUGCAACACUGCCCUCUGUGUUGAUGACUUCCGCCUCAAUUCCUUCGAACGUGGAUAAGAAUGUUAGCAACUCGUUUGCUUAUGUGUUGGCCUUGUUGUCCAACAAUCUCGACAUGCAUGACUUUACAAUGGUCUCGCAAUCAAGUGGCGGUGAUGUCUUCACUUACACUCCUUCGGCGGCAGAACCAACAAGUGGUGGUCUCAAUACCAACGACAGAUUGCCGGCCAGCACGUGGCGUAAUGGCUCAAUUGGCAUUUCUAAGAUUUCCUCAAAACGUGUGGCCAAAGUUAUUGUUGGCCAAGAUUAUACAACGACAACAAGCAGCAGCAGCACCACCACCACCACGCCUAGGCCUUAUGUACGCGCCACUCAAGGUGGGGGUUCCUUUUCGUGCUUGGUCGAGGUAGUUGAACCUCCUUGUGAUUGCGGCUGGGGUUCGACAACAAAAAUUGCCGGCGCCUCUGGUGUGGCCGGUAUCAGUGAAUUUCCUUCUAUGGCCGGUGUUAUAUCGAAAAAAACUCAAAGGAUUUUUUGUGGUGCCGCCAUAAUUCAUCGGCGCUAUUUGCUAUCGGCUGCCCAUUGUUAUGACACUGCGGACACCGACAAGGCGGAAUUGUUGCAGGCAGUUGUGGGAGAACAUGAUACAUCAACAGUUCUCGAAUCAAUUUACACCCGCUACUAUGAUGUAUCGCGAAUCAUAAUACAUGAAUCAUUCCGUUCCACUGCAACCAGAGUUCAUAAUGAUAUUGCCUUACUAAAGAUGCGUCAUAGCAUUGAAUGGAAUCGUAGCGUGGGUCCAGCAUGUCUACCGUUUUUGCCUGUCAUUGGACCCGAAGGUAGCCGUAAAUCACCUUUACCUGGUCAACAGGUACAGACAGCUGGCUGGGGCACCACCUCCUUUGGUGGGGAACAGUCCUCGGUUCUGUUGAAGACAACACUGGAUGUUAUAUCUCGCGAGAGAUGUCAAAAUUUGAUACACUAUCUGCCAUCAGGAGCCUUUUGCACCUACACACCGGGUAGAGAUACUUGUCAGUACGACUCCGGAGGAGCCCUAUAUGCUCGCGGUGAACGUUUGUUCGCUGUGGGAAUUGUGAGUUAUGGCUUCGCCUGUGCCACAGAUCAACCUUCGGUGAAUACGAGGGUGGCAUCACAUUUAAAGUGGAUUAGAAGUAAGACUUCGGAUGCAAAAUUUUGUAUAAAAUAAAGAUAUUUGGAAAAAUUUUAAAGCAGGAGCUAUGCUGUAGUGUGUACGAUUCGUGUAAUGCAGUUUUUGAGGUGUGGUGAAUUUCUUUAUAAGUGUGG